AUCAGGCUGUUGUUGUUGGGCCUGUUGGUGGCCUCGGCAUGCCUCCUUAUACUUGCUAGUUUGUCCGAGUGAAAGUAGGAUUUUGCUUUCUAUCUAUCCGCACAAACACACCAACCAACAGUGACAAAUAUCAUGUCUUUCUGAAUUGACUAAAAAUGCGUAAAUACUCAUUAAACUAUAAUUACUAUUAAUAAUUGUGUAUAUUUAAAAAAAAAAAAGUGUUUAAAAUUAUGAAUUUAAUAAAUUUAAAAUUUAUUUAAUAUAUUAAAUAUGUGCAAGUUUAAUUUAACAUUUAAAAAGUGUGUUACCAAAUGGUGUUUUUUUAUUUAAAUGAUUGAAAAAGAAUUUAUUUUAUAUUUUUUUUUUUUAUCAUAAUAUUAUUUUUUUAAUAUAAUGACGUUAAUUGUCAUGAAUUUUAAUUUAAUUAAAAGGAUAUUUAUUAUUGAAAUUAUUAUAUUUUCAAUAAUUCAAAGAACAUAUCAAGAUGAUGUUAAAGUAUGGAAUAGACGAUUGUAUCCAACAAAUUCAGUUUAUGAAUCAUUGCAAAAUAAUAAUCGUCAAUUAUCACCAUCAUCAUCAUCAUCAUCGUCUUCGUCGUCGUUGUUAUUGUCAAAGACAAAUGCUGUUGCGGUACCGUUAGGUAAUAUUAAUCAUAAUACAGAUGGUCUAUUGGUAUCAAAAAAUAACGAGGAAAGCGAGGAAAUUGAGUACGAGGACGAUUACAAAUAUCAUGAUAGUCAUGAAGAUCUUAAAAAAUUACCGGAUACUAAAAAACCAGAUAAUAAAACACAUGAUGAAAGUAAUGUUAAUAAUCAAAAAGAUUAUGAUGCUUAUUAUUAUUAUGAUGAUGAGUCUGACAAUGUGACAAAUUCACAAGCAUCAGGAAUUGAAUAUGACUCAUCAAGCAGUGAAUUAAUUCCGGAUGAAAAAAUUCCAUCAUCUUCCGAAUCAUCAGUUGUUGAAGAUAAUAAUAAUAAUGAAAAUAAAAAUGAUGAAAUUGAAAGUUCCUCAGAUGAUUAUAUAUCAAUUGGUGAAGCAAUUGUAUCAGUUGUAACAACAAAAAGUGUUGUUAAUAAUACAAUAUCAUUACCAUCAUAUGUAUCAUCAACAACUGAACAAAUAAUACGUCCACCAGUUGAAUUAUCAACGUUAAAUACUGAUGAUACAAAUGAUGAUGAUGAUGAUGACAAUGAUGAUAAUACUAGCAUUGUAAAUAAAAAAUUAUCAAUAACAACUGAAGAUCCAAUUGUUGUUGCUUCUGUACAAACAAGUCGUAGUAUAUCUGGUGCAAGAUUUUUGCCAUUUAAUUUGAAUGGUGAAAAUCCAGGUGUUGAAAAAAAUAAAACAGAUAGUAAUAAAGAUAAUGAUGAUGAUGAUAAUAAUAAUAUUAAAAAUAUAACAAAUAUUGAAUCAACAGAAUCAAUAAUUGAUAAAUUAGAUAGAGUACAAUCUGAAUUAUCUGGUGGUUUUCUUGCUGGUGGUUUUCGUACUGGUGGUAAUGCAUUACAACUUGAUGUUUUAAGUGAACAAAGACCAACAACUAAAAAAACACCAACAACAACUGGUAAGCCACCAGUUAUAUCGAAAUUUUUAUCAAGACGUUAUAAUGAUCGUAAAAAUGUUGCAUCACAAAUUGAUACUGAUAUAUCAACAACAAGUUUAACAACAACAAUUGAUAUUUUAAAUGAUAAUAUUGAUGAUGAAUCAAUAACAAAUACAAAUAAUAAAACAAAAAUUACAUUUAGAUGGCCAUCAUCAUCAAGAAAAACAACAUCAUCACCAAUUAAAACAUCAAGAUUACCAGCAACAACUAAAAAGCCGAAAAAUAAAGAUGAACCACAAGAUAUUAGUGCAUUUUUACCACCUGGUUAUAAACUUAAACUUGAAGAUAAAACAACUGAAAAAACAAUUUUAAAUGAUUUACUUGCAAAAUCAAAAAUUAAUUUAACAUCAUUAUUACCAGUUAAUUAUAAAAUUAAAGAUUCAACAACAUCAACAACUGUUAAAUCAUUAAUUGAUAAUUUAAAUAUUCCAAUACAAAAUUUAUUUAGCAAAGCUAAUGUUGACAUUAGCGCAUUUUUACCACCUAAUUAUAAUAAAAAGAAUGAUAAAUCUUUGAUUAAUACUUCAACAACAACCACCACAACAACAACAACAACAACAUCACCAAUACAAAAAACACUUCAAGAAUUAUUUUCAAAAUCAAGUGUUGAUAUAUCGUCAUUAUUACCAGCUGGUUUUGAGCCAAAACAAAUUGAAACAAAAAAACCAGAUGAAACAAUUAUCAUUGAUGAUGUACCAAUAAAAUCAAGUACAACAAUAUUAACAACACCAAAAGCACCAGGUAAUAUUAAGCUAGUAUUUCCAACAAGACCAGGUGGUAGAAAAAUUGUUCAACAAAAAGCAACAUUAUCACCAAAUCGUUUUACAACAACAAUAAAAACAAUUCAAAAAGGCUGGCCAACAAGACUUACAACAGAAUUUACUGGCUGGCCAACACCAUCAACAACUCCAAUAUCAAUUGAAAAAUUAUUAGAAGCAGCAAGAACAGCAACAAUAAAUCACAUGAAUAAUUCAUCAACACAAAUAACAAGUGAAGCAUCAACAACAUCAUCAACAACAACAACAACAACAACAACAGUACGUCCAACAACACCAGGUAUUUGUUCUGAUAAUUGUGAAGUUGCUGGUACAAUACGUUUAAUUGGUAAUUCAACAUGGAUACCAGAAUUAUAUGAUAGAAAUACAUAUGAAUGGCAACAAUUAGCAAAUGACAUUGAAAAAGAAUUACAUUUGGUAUUUAUUAAAUCAGCAAUACUUCGUAAAUGGUAUAAAAAUAUUAGAAUUGAUGCAUUUAGUCCUGGUAGUAUAUUAGUUGAUUAUUUUAUUGAAUUACAAGAUUUAAGUCAACGUAUUAAUACACAAGAAUUACGUGUAUUAUUUCAUGAUUCAUUGAGAAUAUAUAAUGCAUAUCGUUGGAAUGAAACAAAAAUAAAAGGACAAACAAGACUUGGUAAUUAUAUUAUUGAUCAAAAAUCAACUGAUUUUGUUGUUAUACCAAAAUUAAAUUUACCCCAACAAAAUGAAAAAUAUGAUAGAUGGAUACCACAAUGGGCAAUUGCAAUAAUUGUCAUUGGUGUUGGUGGUUUAUUAUUUAUAAUUGUAUUUGGUGUAUCUGUUAUUAUUAAUCGUGAAAAUUCAUCAAAAUUAAAAUCACCAAUAACUGGUAUGUAUGGUGAGGAUGCUGCUAAAAAUAUUAUACAUGCAAGUCAUGCAACAUCAUCAAAUAGAUCAUCACAUGAUUAUCCAAAAUCAGAUAUAUCAACAAUAUGGAAUGAUGCUGAUGCAUGGCGUGAAAAAUCAUUUGAAUCACAAUCUCAAAAGGUUUUUAUGGAAAGUAUGUUACCUGAUGAAAAAAAAUAUAACGUUUAUGACAGUUGGAAAUCUGAAUGGAAUGGCUAUCAACCAUCUCAUACUAGUAGCAAAUUUGCUGGCUAUGAAAGUGCAACAAAUUAUUCAAGACAUCCACCAGAUUAUGAUACAAAUUUUUGACUCGAUAAUUAUCAAAAGACUAUAAUUAUUUAAAUAAAAACAUUAAUAAA